AUGGACCCCGAGACGUCUACGCCCUCAGAGAUGACCUUCAGCGUCCUGAGCUCGGCAGCGCCCGUGCUUGCACCACGAGUCGGCAAAUUGGCCAUCCCCGGCCGCCAGGCGAUCUCGACGCCGCAUUUCAUCCCACUGACCACGCGGGGUGCCGUGUCGCACAUCGCGCACGACGUGAUGCGAAAAGAGACUGCAAUUAACAGCCUGUACAUUGGACUGGAGGAUUUCAUCGAAAAGAAGCAUCCUGCUCCGCUAUAUAAAACUCCUGUCGCACCCGGAGAGUCCCCCUUGAGGCGGUUUAUUUGUGCCCCUGAUGACAUGCCAAUGAUCCUUGCUCCACGACGGUUUCCUGCGAUCCCUUGCCCGCCCACAAAUACUGAAACCUCCAUUGCGGUCUUGACCUCUGUCGGGUUCCGCCAGCUUUCAGCCCACCAGUGGGUGGAGGCGGUCCAAAAUCUUCGGCCGGAUAUAGCUAUUGGCUUGGCAGAUAUAGUCACUGCCCAGCCGCCGGGCAUCAGGCGGCGUGGAAAGAUGGUUGACAGGACGCAUGCGUUUACUCGCGAUGCAUUGGAGCAGCUGUACGGAUCCUCUUUGGCGGAAGAUAAGAAGUCAAAGACGGCGUAUUUUGCUCCCAUAUUGCCAUUGGAGAAUGCGCAGCAGUCGCUUUAUUUGGAGGAUCUGGAAACUGAGUUCCGCGAUCGUCUCUCCGGCCUAGCGCUGUAUGAGUCCACUUCUCUGAGUUUCAUUCCAAAAGAUAUCGGCGACCUUCCUCGACUACUUCUAAGCGAGCCUCCCACUCCUCACGACAUUCUUCGAGAGAUUUCCCUCGGCGCAGAUCUUCUAACUGUCCCUCUGAUUGGGACAUGCUCAAACGCUGGCAUCGCAUUGGCCUUCACCUUCCCCUCUCCAUCAAACACGGAAGAACGUGGCGAGCCUCAGCCUCUAGGGAUUGACUUGUGGCCCUCUGAAUAUGCAAAGGAUACUUCGCCCUUCCUACAGGGCUGUGAAUGCUAUGCCUGCCGGCACCACCACCGCGCCUACUUGAACCACCUCCUCGCCGCGAAAGAAAUGACCGCCUGGGUGCUUUUGCAACUGCACAACCAUUAUAUAAUGGAUCAGUUCUUCGCGGGGGUACGGGAUAGUAUUCAGCGUGGCACAUUCGAAGAGGAUAUCCACGCAUUCAAUCGUGCCUACGCUCCAACACUACCAAACCAGACUGGCGCGGGUCCUCGACUCCGUGGUCACUACCUUGCCCCAAGGCAGGGAACUGAUCACCCAAAACGUAUGCAAAAGGUGUAUGGUCGCCUUGACGGCCUGUCCGAUAAGUUCAACGAGUCGCAGUCGUCGGUUGCGACACCGGACACCGACGCGGAAGGCCUUGAGAGACAUGGGUUUGCCGAGAAAGUAUGA